AUGUAUGAGAGCUCUCAGUACAUCAUCAGUCUUCAAAAGAGUCCCAAUGAGGGCAGCCAUCGGAACUCGCCCUCUUCGGCUGCUGCAUUCUUUGCAACCCUGGUUCCAUCCUUGCUCCAGUUUGUCGUUCUCGUCACUGCCUUCUUGGUGCUGAGGCGUAAAGAACGACGCGUGUAUGCUCCGAGGACGUACAUCGACUCCAUACCCGACGAUGAGAAGACACCAAUACCAGACAAUACCUUCAUCGGUUGGAUCCGCAAGUUCCGCGAUGUAGAUGACGAAUAUAUCCUGAACCACCACUCCCUUGACGGCUACCUCUUGAUCAGGUUCUUCAAGGUUGUUAUUGGCAUCUGCUUUGUCGGAUGCUGUCUAACAUGGCCUAUCCUGCUUCCCAUCAACGCCACUGGUGGCGGCGGAGAGAAGCAGUUCAAUCGCGUCGCUUUCGGCAACGUUCGUGAUCCUGCCAGGUACUACGCUCACGCAUUGAUCGCGUGGGUAUUUUUGGGCUUUGUGAUGCUCGCGAUCACGAGGGAGACGAUAUAUCUCAUCAACCUACGACAAGCAUAUCUACUCUCCCCAUGGAAUGCGAGCCGGUUAUCAACGCGCACAGUCUUGCUCACGUCCGUGCCCAGAGAAUACCGCGAUGAAGAGAGGCUUCGGCGCCUCUUCUCCGCUGUCAAUCAGGUAUGGCUUGAGCCGAACUACAAGGAUCUGGAAGGUAUGGUGGAAGAUCGUAACAGCACCGCCUUGAAACUCGAGGAAGCUGAGAUACAGCUCUCGAAAGACGCCAAUAAGAGACGGCUGAAAGCAAUGAAGAACAAGGACACGGCUCGUAACGGAGCACCCGAGUCUGACAACCGCCGAUGGCUGGACAGAAAAAAGCGGCCAACUCAUAGGCUUACGCCAAUCAUCGGCAAGAAGGUGGAUACGAUCGAUUAUUGCCGCCGGCAGCUUUCCAAACUCCUUCCAAAGAUCGAUGCUUCUCGGCAAACCCAUUUAGGGGGUAACCGCAACCUAGUGAACGCCGUAUUCAUCGAAUUCGAUACCCAAGCUGCCGCUCAGGCCGCUUUUACAAUGGUCGUGCACAGCAAACCGGAAAGCAUGGUCCCUCGCCAGAUUGCCGUGCCUCCCAAACAAAUCGUGUGGAAGAAUUUGCGGAUGACUGCUUACGAGGCCAAUAUUCGGUGGAUAUUCGCCACUGUGUUGAUAUGUGCCAUGGUGUUGUUUUGGAGCAUACCCGUCUCCUUAGUUGGUAUCCUGUCGAACAUUAACUACUUGUCGGAGAAGGCUCCCUUUCUGCGGUUCAUUGACAACCUUCCGAGCUCUGUGCUCGGUGUCAUCACCGGUCUCCUACCAACUAUCUUGCUUGCCGCUCUUCUAUCACUAGUUCCUAUGAUCUUUCGUUUUCUGGCCGAGCAAACCGGUGCCGUCACUCGCGAGGAAAUCGAGCUGCAGACGCAGUAUUGGUACUUCGGCUUCCAAGUCAUACAGGUCUUCCUUGUGACGACCCUCAGUUCUGGCGCGGCAUCCGUGGCUAGCCAGAUUGCUUCCAACCCCACCUCCGUCACAGAGCUACUGGCACGAAACUUGCCCAAGGCCUCCAACUUCUACAUCACUUACUUCGUACUUUAUGGCGUUGGUAUUAGCGCCUCAUACCUGAUCAACUUCGGGGGUCUCUUUACAUUCGUGGUAGGGAGAUUCACCGCGAACACGCCACGAGCCAUGUUCACGGACUACGUGAAGCUGACCUCCCCGCGCUGGGGUUCAGAGUAUCCGAAGUGGACCAACCUCGGUGUCAUCGCUAUCACUUACUCCUGCAUCGCGCCGCUUGUUCUCGGCUUCGCCACCGUUGGCAUGAGCCUGAUAUAUGGCGCUUACCGGUACAACAUGUUCUUCGUCUACAACACCGACAUCGACACCAGAGGUGCUAGUUAUGCCAUGGCUCUACAGCAAUUGACUGUAGGCGUCUACCUAGCCGAACUCUGUCUGAUUGGACUUUUCGUGAUCCGUCUCGGUAGUAGCCUUUGGUCAAGCGGCCCGCUCCUUCUCACACUCCUCCUUCUUGUAGUCACGGUUCUCUACCAUUACUCGAUGAACAAAGCCCUCGGACCUUUGAUCACCUCCCUGCCACACAAUCUCCUCGCCGAAAGCGAAGUGCCCUACGAUACCAGCCUCGCCGACGCCGAAGCCGGCACCCCACGAAAGCACAGCCAGUCCGCCGACUCGUCAGAGCCGGAGCAAGGGCAAGCGGAUACCGGCGACAGCCAAGCCCCUCAUACCCAGGAUACCGUAGCACCAGCCGCCAUCAACGACAUCAGCACCCUCCACAAAGACCGCCCCAAACCAUCCUUCUUCCACCGCCACUUCUCCCCAGCCGGCCAAUCCGCAGCCGACAUAGCCGCCUCGCUCCACCCGCGCUUCAGACGGCUAGUCCCGCCUUACCCGGCCGAUGUGGCGAGGAAGGCGUACCUUAACCCCGUGAUGACAAGCGAGCCGCCGGUGCUGUGGAUCGUGCAUGAUGAGAUGGGGAUUUCGGAGGAGGAGGUCAGGGAGACGGGGAAGGUGGUCAAGAUUACGGAUGAGGGCGCUUGGUUUGAUGAGGGGAAUGGGAUUAUUUGGGAUAGGGAGAAGGUGAGGGAGAUGCCGGUUUGGAAGGAUGAGGUGGUUUACUAA